UUACCGGUGGACGUAUCGUUGUGAAAACGUACUCGUUCGUCGUCUCGAGCUGGAAGAUAUUCAAGCAAAAAAAAACUAAGAACACAAACAUCACAGGCCACCGUUGCCAUAUUAUUGGGAAUUAUUAUUAACCAAACCUCAUCAUCACCAUCAACGUGGUCGUCGGUUGUUCGACAGCCGCCAACUGUGUAGAAGAAGAAGUCUUCUUUCCCAAGUCUUGGAAGACAAGCCACAUCUUGUUGUUUGUUAUUAUUGUUAUUGGCGCAGCAAGCAAAAUAACGACGUUCCAAGUUGCACAGUGCAGUAGUAAAUUGAUUCCUGCAAUUAAGUUUUUCGGUUUUCCCGAUUAUAGUAAUUAUCGGAAAGCGCGAACCCACAAACAAGAAACAAAACUUUUUACGUAAAAAAAGGAAUAAAAAACACAUCCUCAAAUCCAUGAAUCAUCAACAAUGCAAGCAAGCAAAAAAGACUUGAAAAAAAGAAACUUGUGAAAAUAAAAAUUGCAAUUAAAACAGUGCCAUAGAUUUUAAAAAAGGAAAAAAAAAACAACAAAAUGAAGGAAAGUCUUUAAGCUAAGGAACAGUGAAAUAGCAAAAAAAAAGUGAACCAAAAGAUUUCCACUAACUGUGGACUAAAACUUUAAAGUGAAAAUUCCUCAACUCCCUCAAGACAUUUACACAAAUCUCAAUCAAAAUGAUUGAUGCAGCUUGCAAUUACUUAAAUCCCUAUGCGACAGCCUCCUUGGCUGCAGCCUCCACACAUUCCCAUUCGGCGUUGGCCCAAUUAAGUGAUUUUACCACAUCACCGUCCAGCAACAGUACCAGCAGCAGCUCACUUCUAGCCAACAGCAGCAGCACUAGUGGCAUGGCUUUAUAUAACAAAUCCAGCAUUGCCUCCUCCACCGCCUCUGGUGCUGGCAAUGUCAGCAGCAAUAACUCCUCCAUUUCCGCAUCCGUGUGCAGCAGCAAUCCAAUGAAAUUGGAAAUGCAAUAUCCGUCACAGCCAUCGUCAACGGGUUCAGCAUCACCUAAUUCGAGCAUACAGUCGGCAGCCUCAUCAUCGGCCUCAGUGUCACCAAGCAUUUUCCCUUCGCCCGCCCAAUCAUUUGCCUCAAUUUCCUCAAGUCCUCCUGCAUCGGCUACCUCGGCAUCGCCCCUAUCCGGCUCUCAUACAGAUUUGGGUGCGGCUGCUGCAGCUUCAGCAGCAUAUUCAUGGAAUACGGCAGCCGCCUAUACAGCUGCAUUGCCCACAAGAACCCAAUUCCCUUAUGCCCAAUAUGCCUCCGAUUAUUAUGGCAAUGGCAUUGGCAUGUCUGCGGCCUCGGCUGCCGCUGGCGCCUGGUUCUCCCAUCAGGAUCGUUUGUAUCAACCUUGGUCGGGUCAAACCUAUCCCAGUUUCAAUUUCGAUGACAUUGCCUUCCAGACGCAAUUGCAAAGGCGUUCGGUGCGUUGCACCUGCCCCAAUUGCACCAAUGAAAUGUCCGGCCUGCCACCCAUAGUGGGACCCGAUGAGCGUGGCCGCAAACAACACAUUUGCCAUAUACCCGGCUGUGAGCGUCUCUAUGGCAAGGCUUCCCAUCUCAAGACCCAUUUGCGUUGGCAUACCGGCGAAAGGCCCUUCCUAUGCUUGACUUGUGGCAAAAGAUUUUCCCGUUCCGAUGAGCUGCAACGCCAUGGCCGCACACAUACCAAUUAUCGUCCCUAUGCUUGUCCCAUAUGCUCCAAGAAAUUCUCACGCAGUGAUCAUUUGAGCAAGCACAAGAAGACCCAUUUCAAGGAUAAGAAAAGUAAAAAAGCCAUAGCUGCAGAAGCCAAGGAGCAGGCAGCUGCCAUUAAGCAGGAAAAACUUAAUGAACAACAGCCUGUGGUUAGCGGAGAAAAGGCCAGUCCUGCCAAAUCGCCCUCCAUGGCCAAUGGUAUACCGGCGGCCACACCAACAGCUUCCGCGGCCACCACUGUGAAGACAGCUCAGAGGCUGGGUGCCUCGGCCUCAGCUAGCCAACAAAGUAACCAAUUACCCCAAAUACAAUUGAAGACCGAACAACCUGAUGUACCGGCUGGCUAUAAUCCCUACUCGAAUUUGUAUCAUCAGACCUCUUCUCUGUUCCAGCCCCAUCUCAGCUCCUCCAGUUACGCGGCUAACAAUUCCACAACGACGGCAAAUUCUUCCUCAAGCUCAGCAGGACAUGCAGCACAGUCACAGAAUACACCGCCAACCUUUGAUUUGUGGAACUCGCAUCAUCAACAACAGCACCAGCAACAGCAGCAGCAACAACAAUCACAGCAUCAGCAACUUACCCGCAAUAACAUGGACCAACAUUCUCAGCCAUCCUCAGUUGCAGGCCAAUCCUCAACCGUCGCUACCUCAAAUAUAACGGGUCUUAUGGCCGCCAAUGCCAAUAUGCAACAAAGCCAACAACAACAGCAACAACAAUCGUCCCAGGCCAAUGGUCAACAGCAACAUUCCCAAAAUAAUUACAGCGCCCUGACCAUGCAAAGCGAAACUCAGUUAGCAGAGUAUGGCAUCACCAUGUCAUCACCCUCCGCCAAUAGUGGGGCUGGUAGUGGUGGCUCCUCAUCGCCCCUGACCCAACAUCAUCAUGCAGCCCAUACACAUGCACAUCCCCACUCACAUCAUCAUCACCAUCACCAUCCCCAUGCCCAUCCGCACAUGCAACACAGUUCCACCUAUUCCGGUUUAAUAGGACAAAUGAAAUCGGAAUAUCCCACCUAUGCUGACUUCACCGCCACCUCAUCCUAUGCAGGGGCCACAUCGGCUUUUCACCAUCAUCCUCAUAAUCCUUGGGCUGCGGCGGCAGCCUAUCAACAUCCUCAUCAUGCUACCGCAUAAGGGAACAAAACAACAAAGAGUCCAAGAAGCCUCCACCCUUAGAAAAAGUGCAAAAAUUAUGAAAACGGUUGACCGUUUUUGUUUUUCAUUUCUUUAGAGUUUUUGUUUAAAACAAAAUCCUGGGGAUGAUAUCCUUACAAAGACAAAAUGUUGCAUUAAGCGUUAGUAGAUGAUUGUUGCUUUUAUGUGUAGUCAUAACCGCCCAGUCCCUAGGCCCAAACUAACUAACACGCCCCCACGCUCCUUCAGCCCAUAUUAGCCCUUAGAGAUGAAGUUAUAUAUAGCUUUUGUAAUAUUUGUUGUUGCUUUUUUUUCUUUCCCCCUUUGCGAUUCUUUGUUUGGUCUUUAAAAUGCUCUCAUUUGGGGGGCCCACCUACCUUUUGUAUAUAACAGCUUAUUUGUUAAGUUACCACUUUUUUGUCUUAGUUCUAAGCUUUUUUGUAUAUAUUUACGCUUCAUUUUUAUUACU